CCAUAGGACAGCAUCCCCCAGCCCAGAGCGUGGUGGGAUGAGCCCUGACGGCUCCCAGUGCCACCCGUCCAGAGAACCCCACAGCCCGUACAACCAUGAGUUGAGCUCUGCCAAGAAGAGUGGAUGCCAAACCUGAAUUACCAGCCCAGAGAGUGGCUGUGGAUCCCAGGAGCUCCUGUGAUUUGCGGCAGGUUUUUCAGGUCCCCGCCUGUCACACACACACGCAGAUACUUAAGCAGUCACCCAAGGACCUGCAGGGUUCUUGUUUUACACACCUCUGGUCCCUGCCAGCUCCAGCACCUGGCCCCAUAGCCCUGCCCCACGAGGAGAUGACCACUGAGAAGCCAGUGACUCCCACUGAGGAGCAGCUGGAGAUCCUGGAGUACAACUUCUGCAAGGUGAACAAGCAUCCUGACCCCACCACGCUGUGCCUCAUCGCAGCUGAGACCGGGCUCUCAGAGGAGCAGACCCUGAAAUGGUUCAAGCAGCGCCUGGCAGAGUGGAGGAAGUCUGAAGGGCUGCCCUCAGAAAGCGGGUCUGUCAGGGACUAGUGGAUGCUGCUCUGAUCCCCAUGCCUGCUGGAAACGAUGGUGAAACUCUUCAGAGUGGGUUUCUUUGGGGUUCUUCUGUUGCAAUAGGUUUUGAGAUACAAAGUAAUACCCUGCUAUUUAACAUAAGUUUUAUUUAAAGUGUACAUAAGCAGGAAAAAAUAUUAUUAUAUAUGUGUGUGUAUACAGAUUCUGAGGGCUGCAUAACCUGCCUAGUGAUUCCCAUCCAUAUACAGGGGUUGCACAGCGCAGGGCAAUCUCAUGCCCUUGUCCCAGGCUUGCAUAAAAGCUGCCAUGAAAGGUUCAAAUGUAGACUGGAGAAAAAAUAUUUCUUUUCCUACUGAUCCCCAGAGGCAAAGUAUGUGUGCUAGCUUUAAUAUACAAGUCAGCCAGAGAGAAGGUACCUGGAAAACCAGAUGGGUUGUUCAGGUGAUCCUGGUUAGCUCAAGAUGCUUGAGUCAGCUCUGGACGUUGGCAAAACAACUGCCUACACCAUAAGCAGACCAAGCCAAGUCCCCCUUGAAUGCAUUUCUCACAUUUCUGUUAAAGGCCACCUAAGGGAAAGAACUGGUCUUUACUGGUCUUUAUUUUUUUUUUCUCCCAAUGUGUUAAUAAAAAACAAAGUUUUUGAUGGGAA